AGCUUGGCUUCCCAGGCAGAGUCCGCGCGUCCGCGCCAUGUUGUGGAGCCAUGCACCACUGUGUCCACACCCCGGAUUCUGGGCCACCUCUGGCUGCCUGCUGACAAGAAGCGUUCGUUUGCUUGCAGACCUGCUGUGUUUCGGCGCUCUGGAGCUCCAUGCGUGGAUCGCUGGGGCCUCCAGCGAAAACUUGACUGCGAGGUUCCACAAGGACUACCCACAGCACGAGGCGCUGCUUCAGGAUUCCUUUGGUUUGGUCUCGCUGGUCGCCUGGCUGAUGACCCUGGGCCUUGUGGCGUGGCACGUCGUGGCGACCCUGCGCCGCCUCUGCCGUGCUCCGGAGGUGCUCUUCUUCCCGGACCCUUCGGGCGUGCACGUGCGCCACGUGUGCCUCCUGCUGCGGGGCGCGCGGCGCCGGGUUUGGGUGGCCAUGUUUGCCCUGACGGACGACGUGCUCAGCGAGGAGCUGCUGAGGGCCUGGCGGCGCGGCGUCGACGUCAAGGUCGUGGUGGACGACGAGCAGUGCCGCAUGCCAGGCGCGGAUGCCCAGAAGCUGCUGGACGCCGGCGUGCCACUGCUCCUAGAUGACUCCCCUGCACGGAUGCACCACAAGUUUGCUAUCGUGGAUAGCUGCCUGCUCACCGGGAGCUUUAACUGGACAAAGCAAGCCAGCACGACCAACUGGGAGAACCUUUGCAUACUCAGGGAUGCAGCCGCAGUGGCUUCCUUCGCAGCGGAGUUCCAGUCUCUUUGGCGCCUCUUCCAGCGCAAGCAACACCCGGGCAAACGCAAGCGAGAUGCCACGCCGAAAAGGUAGCUCCUGGCAUCUCUUGGCAGCUGUUGGAGUUCGAGCGCCGCCGUGCUCGUGCCACCUGUGCCACAUGAAUACGCAGGACAUGGCCAAGCUAUGCGUCUUGCGAAGUGAGGUGUC